UUCAGAUGCAACCAGGGCAGACCCUGCUUAGCUAUGGGGACAAGUCAUGCUUGCUACCACAAGACCAGCUCUCCUCUCCUAACAUCUGAGACAUCUGAGCCCUGAAAGCAGGGUUGUUCGUUCAAGACCCCGGGUGUCCAAAUUAUCUCAUUGUUGGUGCCAUUUUCUACACCUCUCUUUUCUCCACCUCUGGUUUGGGAAUUUGGGGGUGGUUGGAAUCUCUCAGGAGCUCAGAUUUGGGCCAAUACUGUCAUGUAGGGUUUGUGAAAUGUCGUAUUUAGGGGUGUGCACGAAUUGAGAUUCUAGAAUCAAGAUUCGUGCACUGAUUCGAAGCACAGCCCUGGCACCUUUAAAAGUGAGGAAAGCAGAUCCGUACCUGCUCCUUCUCCUCUCCAUGCAGCUUCCAGCUGUGGCAGCACAGUCCCCAGCACCUUUCAUGUGAUGGUAGCAGCAUGGCAGUGGCACUCAUAUGUCCGCUGAGCAUGCGCACAUCCCUAAUCAUAAGUGCAGAUAUUUUUGAGCUCCUUCAAAAAUCCUUGCAUGGGAUUAACAUAUUAAUACUUGGCUAAUGUUCAUCUUGGACAAGAACUUUAAGUCAUAUUCAAAAGAACCUGCAUCUUCUUUUGAUGAUGGCCAGUACCGAUGGUUCUUCGAUACCAUUGUUCCUAAAACGAGCUAUCCCGGUCAGAAGAACUCCGUUUAAGAACUCAAAUUGCAAGCCAGCCGCUGGAGUCUCUCCAACUUGAAUUCCUAACAAUUGGUUCUGUGUUCUCCACCUUGAGUGCAUACAUUUGCUGUUCCUGAGAGAUUUCAGUUAACAAGAAGACAUUUUACAUGCCAAAGCGAGCAGCACGAACAGGGUCCCUCUUCCCCUCCGAGUGGCCAUUAGAAGAACCAAGUUGAGAGAAGGAGAAGAAGCUGUGCAUGAGACAAAUUGUCAUCUUCGCCACCAAACCAAGUUGCUGUUUCACCAGCUGGAACUAGGCCUCUUCUCCCCUCACAGAGCCCAUUAGAACCAGUGGUGCUCAGGGGGCAAACUGUCACCAAGGCGCUCUCCACCUUCUGUGGCUUCUCCAUCAACUGGAUUGGUCCCUUCUCUUUCAGAGAAGACUAUCUGAGGACCAAAUACAUGUUUUUAUAAAGCGUGUGAGGGAGAGAGAGGAUACUAGAACUGUUUCAUUGUUAUAUUUAUUGCCUUUUCCCUGGGACAGUUCAGAUGAUUUAACAAAGUGGUGUUUUUAUAUCCACUUGGAAAACAAAUUCAGAUGAACAGAGAGGGCAGAGAGUGACUCCUGCCUGCAACCUUGGAGAAGCCAAGCUGCCAGUCUUUUAAAUUUUAUUUUAUUUUAUUUUAUUUUAGGGAGGAGGAAGCACUGUCUGGCCCAGCAUCACUUUCCCAGACAAUCACUUCCUCCCCCUCACACUUUGUUUUUCUCCUCACACACAAUCACAAAACGGGAGCCCACCCAGCGCCCGAACUAGGUUGGUUGUUCUUCCCUAUUCCCAGCCAUGGUGCUUUCCAGAUUAGACCCUGCAAUGGGGUCACGCCGUAUCUCAGAAGUGUGCUUCCACACUUUCUGUGUUGUGACACCACAGUCCCUAUGCUGACAGCAGGUUGCCGUUCAUAUUUCUAAUGCCUUGUUUCAAAUUUAAUCGCUGCGAAGUAGUGCUAUGAUGUCGUAUAUCUGGCGCAAGCAAGUUGCUAUUCUUAGGGGAUGUUUGUUUCCAUGAGACUGCUCCCCCUGCUCUUUACGUUUUGAAUGCAAUUUGCCUGAACGGAAGCAUUUUGCUGCUGUUGAGCAGCUAAGCUGGAAAGCACCCAUGUAAAUGAACCUUAUUAAUGUUACCUCAAGAGUUCCCAAAUAUGGAUUCCCCAGAUGCUGUGGGAUUACAACUACUGCUACAGCUAUGAAUGGGAACUUUUCGACAAAAGCUCUCAAAGCGGCUUACAUAGAAAAACAGAUACAAAUUCAAGAAGAUGUUUCCCUGUCAAGGGCUCACUAUCUAAAAAGGAACAUAAGGUAGACACCAGCGACAGCCACUGGAAGGAUGCUGUGCUGGGGUUGGAUAGGGCCAGCUGCUCUCCCCCUGCUAAACAGAAGGGUCAUGUCACCACUUUAAAAGGUGGUGGCCCCAAAUUUGAGAGCCCUUGACAUAAUGUGUCACUUGGUCUUGAGGCUCUAACUCGGCACAUCCCAGAAAACCCAUCAAAACCCAGAUUUCCCUGGGAUGGGGAAGCCACUUGUGGGCUCCAUGACUGUCUCUAGUUGGCUGCUGUGUCCAGAAUGCUGGACUGGAUGUGCCUUGGCCUGAUCCAACGGGGUUUUCCUCAUGUUCUUAAUAAGCAACUGCAAUCUUGAGACACACAAAGCAUUCAUAAGACUGCUCCCCGACGAUGCCAGAGCAGCAAAUAACCCUCAAGUCACUGGGACUCAAACAAAAUGGGACUCAAACAAAAUGGCAGCGGGCGCUCACCUUCUGAAGGACCCCUUCAAAGAAACAAAGAAAAAGCACACCGGCGGCUUUUAGAUGGGGAAGCAUUCCUCUUUCCUUGGCUCUCUUCCUCUUCCAUGCAUUGAAACUCAACACUCUCAGAUUCCUUGCCAAGAGCAAGUGAGGUUUGGGCAAAUGAAGGCGGUCGUGCUCCAUGGGCCAUGGGAGAGAACCAGCCGCAGGACAAAGGGCCUCCUUGAGGCACUCAAUAGACAAAGAGAAUCAGCUAUCAAGAGAGUUCAGGGGCUGCCCAAGAGUUUAAAUGCUUCUCAUCUGAAGCCACAGCCCCCCGGCCAAGCUUAAUGUUUACUCACUCACCCUUAUGUAACUGGGCCAGCUUAUAUACUCCUACCUGCUCUGCCCAUUGCCUCAGUGGCUGGGGCUCUGCAGAGAUCUCGCCUCCCACCAUGAAGACCCUGGUGAACCUCAGCCUCUUCCUUGCUGCGUUCCUGGUUGAAGGCUUGUGCUUGAGGUGCGAGACCUGUAUCAGUCCUGGUGAAAGCUGUAUUGGCUUGGCCCAUCCCUGCAACCUAUAUGAAGACACCUGUCUUACCAUAGUCGGGAUGAACUCUUUGGGGGGUCAUGACACCAUGGAGACUCUCAAGACCUGUAUUACUGCUGGUGAUUGCUAUGCUGGUUCCAUCAGCAUCACCACCGAUGCUGGGAUCCACUUACAGAGUGUUUCAAGAUGUUGCCACGAUGACCUCUGCAACCGCUUGGAGGUUACUUUGCCGGCAAUGAACCUCACCUCCAAUGGACUGCAGUGCCCAGUUUGCUUCGCCUUUGGUUCAGAUCACUGUGAGGGAACCGAGACGCUGAACUGCACCGGAGCUGACAGCCACUGCAUCACUGUCUCGGGGAUGCUGAAUUCAGCCGGUUCUCCCUCCAGGUUCUCAGCAAAGGGCUGCAGCACCCAGACGGCCUGCUCCCUGCCUCUGGGGAUGGGCCUUUACUCGGCAGGCAUCAUCUUUAACCUCAGCAGGAUCACGUGCAGCCCAGCCUCAAAUGCCAGCAGUGGCUGAGAGAAGCUGACGGAGGGACGGAGGUCUCAAACUCCUGGUGCUCAUCGCUCUGUCCUUUCCCCAGCUCUGUGGCCUCUCUUCCUUCCCCCUGUGAUUCUUUUGUCAUAGCCUGCAGUGAGUUCCUCAAAUAA